AUGCCCUCCCCCUCCCGCCCCCCGCCGACGCCUCCGGGCGCCUCGGAGUGGCGCUGCGUCAGGUGCACGCUCCUCAACCCUGACGACUCCGACUCCUGCGAGGUGUGCGAGGCCUCGCGCCCAGUGGAGGUCGACAUCGACAGCCCCGUCGUCGCGGGCGCCGCCCUCGCGUUGGCCUCGCCCAAGCAGGGCCGGAGGAAGAAGGAGCGCAGUGCGUCUCCCCCAUCCCAGCGGUUUGGGAGGAAGAGGGAGCGGGAUGCGUCGCCGGAUGUAGUCGAACUCUGCGAUAGUGCGGACAAGGGGCCCGCCGCCAAGAAAGGAAAUCUUGAGAUUUCUUUGGAUAAGAAGACCUUCAAAAUCAUGACAUACAAUGUCUGGUUCCGAGAGGAUGUGGAAGUGAUAAGAAGGAUGGAUGCUCUUGGGGAUCUUAUAAAGCAGCAUAGCCCAGACUUUAUAUGCUUCCAGGAGAUUACACCAUACAUAUAUAUGCUUCUGCAAAAAUCUGACUGGUGGAAACAAUACAACUGCUUGUUGUCACAUGAGAAGGCUAUUCAGAUGCCGUAUUACUGCAUGGAGUUGAGCAAACUGCCAGUGAAGGCAUUUGACUGCAUCCCAUUUUCGAACUCAAUAAUGGGAAGAGAGCUGUGCUUCACAAGUGUUAGCACAGGAGAGAUGAAAUGGUUGAUAAUAGCCACGACCCACCUAGAGAGCCCAUACCCUGCACCUCCUAAGUGGGAUCAGAUGUACAGCAAAGAACGUGUGGAUCAGGCAAAGCAAUGCCUGGAAAAUCUGGGACGCUUCCCCAAUGCCAUACUCUGUGGGGACAUGAACUGGGACGACAAGGGAGACGGCCCCUUCCCUCUGCAGGAUGGGUGGACUGAUGCUUGGGUUGAGCUGAAGCCUGGAGAAGAUGGCUGGACCUAUGACACGAAGGCCAAUGGCAUGAUGGCAGGCAUCCGCAAGCUGCAGAAGCGAAUGGACCGGUUUGUGUGCAAGCUGGCAGACUUCAAGAUCGACAGCAUUGAGAUGAUCGGGAAGGAGGCAAUACCGGGUAUCUCCUACUACAAGGAGAAGAAGAUUCGGAAAGAGAGCCGAAUGGUUCAGUUGCCUGUCUUUCCAAGCGACCACUUUGGGCUUGUUUUGACCAUCACCCAGCAGGAGAAUGACAGCUUCUGA